CUUUGUUUCGCGGCACGCGAUUUGACCUCUCUCCGGGAAGAGAGCAAUCUAUUCGCAACGAGCCACUUCGCUUAGAUGGCGUUGCGCGACGAGCCACUUUCCUCGCGUCGAAGUCUACCCGGCGGACAGUUUCCGACAGCAGUUCUACGGCAAUGUUACCACGACGUGAAAAUAACGCAGAGGCAGCGGAGACGAAUGCGCCCCAGCCCGCCGAGGGGGAAAUUUUGAAGGACGACGUAAAGCGGGGGUUUCUUUCGAGCAAGACUGCGGAGCCAGGCAGGAGUAAUAUCCCCGACGUCGGAGUCGCAAACACCGGUGGACAGAAAAAUGCCGCAGGUACUCUCGCUGAGCCACAUUCAUCUGUAGGUAAAACUCGCACGAGUGCGAUCAGCCAUAGCGAAAGUUCCAAGCAAUCAGCAGUGACUUACAGCCAAACGGGUGAGAAGAAUAAGAGGAAAAGCACGACGGCCAAACGGGUGUCCAUAUCCACAGCCACCGCGACAACCAAGCACCAGGGCCGGCGAUCGACGAACCGCGACUCCAUAAAAGUGUUUUCAAACCACCGGAAGAGUCGGGCCUCCAUUAAAAAUGUUUUCCGUGCCAGCCUACUAGACGAUCCAGAAAUCAUUCGGAUGGGGGACAAUAAUCGCUUACAGGUUGAAAUUGGACCAGAGCAGACGAUAUUCGAACUGGGGGCUAAGAAAAGACCCCACACAGGGGCAGGAUCGCUUGCUGUGGCGGAUCCUCGAAAAUCGCCUGACUUUUCUUCUUCGUCCUCUUCUUGUGACAGUGCAGCUAUGGGUACUUUCCGUGAUACGCGGAAACGGGGACGACGGCGGAAAGCAACUACGAGGCUGUCGAAGGAACUGCUUUCCCCUCGCGCACUGCUUCUCCAGGGAUUGCAGCACCAAGCGGCCGCUUUAGAAAUGGGUGGGGGCGACGCGCUGGCAUCCGUUCAGCAGAUUGCAGCUUCUGGGGACGCAAUCGAGGGGCGAUCACGCAGUCUGGUAUUUGGUUCCACGAACAAUUUUCUUCGGAUAGAGACGGCCCUAGAAGGGCAGCUCGGUGACCACCCGCCCGCAUCUGCAGCAGCAAUUGCAGAGGAUGUGAAACAUGAAGAAAGUAGCCCCGAACUACAUCAAGGCAUUAGCAGGGCGCACAGAGUGCUCCAGACGCUGCAGCGACACCGCGCGCUUUUUUGCGCGGAGGAUCAAGUGGAGGAGUUACGAGCUAGAGUCAUGGGCACUCAUUUUGCUGGAGACGUUUCUUCUGAGGCGAUUACGGGUCCCGUGCAGCAAGAUGCACUUGGAGAUCCCGCCCACGUGGCGCGAAUCGAGGCUCUGCUCGGCAUUUCCGAAGAUGUUUUCGCGCAACGCGUCCAGGUUGCGCUGGACGCUGAGGCAGGACCGCUCUCUGCGUUGAAAACAAGUAAGCACGCUCCUGUUGCUCCGAUGACGGUUUCGUAUCUCACGUUUCUGAAAAACCGCAAGAAGCAGCAAGCUAUGAAGAAGCGAGCGAAUUCGCGAGUGUUUUCCAACGACCCUCGGUAUCGGCGGCGCAACGACACUAUUGCUUUGCAGGAUUCCGACCUGAAUGCGCUCCAGCAGCUGCAGAACGACUCCCCAGUGACUCCUGCCCACCCAGAUGCAGCACCAAGGGAUGACGGCACAGGCGAGGAGAUUUACGGGGUCGCGGCGAUCGGCGGCAGCACCGCAAAGCGAAAGAGUGCUGCGUUCUCCGCGAUCGGGGUAGGAGACCUCGUGGAUGGCAGUGCUACCGCGCUGGAGUCAUCAUUCUCGAGCGAGCGCCUCUCGGUGGCGGACGUGGGGACGCUUGUGCGUGCGUUCAUCACGCAGCCGGUGAUGAUUCAGUGCCAAAUCGAGAGUCUGGUCGCCGCGCCCCAACAAGGCGGCCUUCUAACCGGAGACAGCAGCAACCUGGAGAACCAGCCCAUUUCCGAACUCGCUGCGGUGUCGAAGCAGCUGACGGAGCAGGACGCGCUGGAGGCGCUUGCGGUUGCGGGGGGCGCGGGUGGGACGUCGACCCAGCAACCGGUAGGCUACCGAACGGACGUGAGCUGGAGCGAGUUCGUCGCGCUCGUUGGCAGUGUGCGCAACGGCGAAGUGCGGCUGGAGUAUCCGGUGGACCUUUUGUUUCAGUACCCGCGCGAGACCAAUCCCCAGGGACGACGUUUGCGGGCCCUGGAGCGUCUCCAGGCCGCGCUGGAACAGAUUUGGGAGCGUCGCGGGGAGCACUUCCGCGUGUUGGACUUGCGGCAGGCGUUGAACCCGGCGCGCGGCAACAGCACUUCAGGAGCUGCCGCGCGUGGUGGUCCUCGUGGCACAACAAUUGUGGACACGAUUCCAGAGGAGUGUGCUGACGAGGGCGCGGAAGAAGCAGAAGGAGUAGUUGUACUACCUUCGGAAGUAGAAACGGGUGGUCGCAUAACUACGACAGGAGGUCCUGCUGCGCAGCAGAAAAGUCGCGGCCGCACGUUGCGUCUCUUGCGUGGCACCACGGCGCGAAUAACGUCAAGAGCUGUGCACCAGCCGCGCGCGCCCACCACUUUGGUUGAGGCGAAAAUGUCGCAAAGGUUUCGGGCGGGGGCGCGCAGGGAAGAUUCGUCGGUCCUGGAGGAGGAGGACGACGAGGGGGGAGAACUGGUGGAACAAAAUGACCGCGGGCGCAAUACGUUGUUCAACUUAUUUAAACAAGCGGCGCGGACAGUCGCCAAUGUCACGAAGGUGGUUUUUCCGCCGAAACAGAAUGAACAACUGCUGAUUCUGAUGCACGUCUGCGAGUGCCUGUGUAAGAAUGCCGACAUGCUUUUGAAGAACCAAGACCGCAUUUCCCUGUUGAAGCAAGACGUCGAUAACUGCCGGCCGCGCUUGAAGAUUUUGCACCGUUUGAAAACCGACGCACUGGAGCAAGCACUGUACCGGAGGCAAGUGGUCCGCGCGAAGCUGGAAAAGCGGCGGAAGGAGCGCCGAGAGCUGCAGAAGCAGCUGGUCUUCGAAAGGAGAAAAACGCUGCGGAUGAUGCAAGCGAACCCGAACCGGGAACUCGCGGAAGAGGUGCAGGCUUUGAAGGAGCGCUACAAGAUCGCGCAAAAGCAGCUGGCCCACUUCGAGCGGACCAAAGCGACCCUGUCCGACAUUCGGAAGCGACGCGAGGAAGACUACGAGAUUUUGCUGUCCGACUGCAACGAGUACUCGGUGUUGUUGAAUCACCACGCGCGGGUGACCCAAAGGAAUUGCGGACUCAAGCUGCUCCUCGAGGAGAUCGUCCAGACGUUGGUGUUCCGAAGGAAGGGCGUCAUGGAAAUGAAGCCGGAGGCGGGGGUCGAAGCUGAGUGUGAAAAGUCGGAUCUUCACGGAGACCUCCUUCCGAUGGACGUGAAUGAGGAGAAAAGAAAAAUCGCGAACAACCUGGCGGGUUCUUACGAGACCAUGAGCCAGAAGCUUUCUCAGUUGCAGGAUCGCGUGAACCUGCUGGAAGCCAAUCGCGAACGAGCACUGCAGAAGCUGGAGCAAAAAGUGCGCCAAAACGAGGUGGUGCGUCCCCGCGAGAUGGAGCCAUUGCUGUUGAAGCUGAUGGAUUUUCCGCGCCGCGCGUCCAUCGUACUGCAAGACCUGGAAGCGCAGAAGCGCGGGUCUAUCAUUGGUGGAAAAAGAGGCUCUGUCGGGACGGGUAGCAGGCGAUUGUCCGCACAAAGGAUCGAAGUGGCAGGGGCACACGUUUCUACUUGAAGGUUUUUUUCCACCACGUAGAAGACCAGAAUUGUACUACCAGAAGCAGAUCAAUGUCCAAACCAAGACGUCAUGUGUUAGUGUUUCAUUGUCCAAGUGAAUGAUUGUGAAUGAGAGAUACGUAAACAGAGCAAGUACUUCAGUAGGUAUAGGGUUUUUUUCAGUGUUUCAGACAUAGGCUUGACACUGUUGUUUCUCGCCAACAUGAUACUAGUGAACUGUCAGCUUCUACUUGGCGGUAAGAUGCGAUGCACCAUAUGAAAACCGAGGCAGAUGAUUCAUCUGAAAUACGAAGACGAACACACUUGCGCUCGUACACUGAAACUACCGAGAUGAGCUGAGCAGCGUGAUGAAGAAAAUUUUGUGACCGCACCUUGGAAAAAGGUGACGAUCUUUGUUGCAAUAGUCCGUCACCUUGAAGAAAGUUUGCACGCUCCCUAUGUACGAAUACCGAACAAGAGCAAUAUCAAAAAAAUUGAUAUAUCUGGUGGCAAG